AUGGUGAGUGUUGGUAAACAGCAGUGUGAUACGUCGUGUGUGGUGUAUCAUUGGCAGAGUCAAAAUGUCAAAGUUUCCGGCGUGGACGACAUGACAUGUAUCGGUCCCGUCUUAGUAUCGAUCAAUCCUUUCAAACAGAUGCCAUAUUUUGGAGAAAAGGAGAUUGAAAUUUAUCAAGGAGCGGCACCAUACGAAAAUCCUCCGCAUGUAUAUGGAUUAGCAGAUGAGAUGUAUAGGAACAUGUUAAUUGAUAAUGAAAGCCAAUGUGUUAUCAUCAGUGGAGAGUCUGGUGCUGGAAAAACAGUAACUGCCAAAUACAUAAUGUCCUACAUCGCAAGGGUGAGUGGGGGUGGUGAACGUGUGCAAAAAGUGAAAGAUGUUAUUUUGGAGUCGAAUCCGCUCUUGGAAGCAUUCGGAAACGCAAAAACUGUACGAAACAACAAUAGCAGCAGAUUCGGUAAAUACGUACAAAUACAAUUCGGUCGUGGUGGCCAGCCAAGCGGAGGAAAAAUUUCCAAUUUCCUCUUAGAAAAGUCGAGGGUCACUUGCCACAAUUCCGGCGAAAGAAACUUUCACGUGUUCUAUCAGCUGGUAACAGGUGCAAACCAACAGAUGAAAUCUGACUUUGGAUUAACGGAUCUCGAUUAUUACCAGUACCUCAGCUUCAGCGGGAAUCAUAGGGUUGAGAGCGUAUCCGAUGCUCAUGAGUUUCAAGAGACGUUAAAAGGAUUGAGCGUAAUGGGGAUAACCGAUUCGGAGGUAACAGAUAUUUUCCGAAUAGUCGCCGGAGUUCUCCACAUGGGAAACGUUCACUUUAUGGAAAAGGAAAAUUAUUCACAAGUGGCGAAUAAACAGUGUCUUGAGUUUCCAGCUUACUUACUUGAAAUCUCCGCGGAGCAGUUAGCCCAUAAAUUAACGUCGCGUGAAUUUGAGUCGAAAUGGGGAGGUCAGUCUGAAAGCCUUGAUGUCACUUUAAACGUGGAACAGGCACUUUAUACUCGAGACGCGUUGGCGAAAGACAUUUAUGCUAGACUCUUCGAUUACUUGGUUAAAAAAAUUAAUACUGCCAUGGAAACCACGUCAGAUGGUUUUGAGAUUGGAAUUUUGGAUAUCUAUGGUUUCGAAAUUUUCGAAAAGAAUGGCUUCGAGCAGUUUUGCAUCAAUUUCGUGAACGAAAAACUACAACAGAUCUUUAUAGAACUCACCUUGAAGGCUGAACAGGAGGAGUACGUGGCGGAAAGUAUAAAAUGGACACCGAUAGAAUACUUCAAUAAUGCGAUUGUGGUUGAGCUCCUCGAAGGGAAGCGUCCGCCAGGACUUUUCCUGGUGCUCGAUGACGUGUGUGCUACCCUUCACGGUGGUAGCACUGGGGCGGACACAGAUUUGCAGAAGAAACUUACGGUUGCAGCUAAUAAGCACGAACACUUUCAAAACACAAGCGACGGAUUCGCUAUUUUCCAUUAUGCUGGUGUGGUUUCCUAUUCGGUAGACGGAUUUUGUGAUAAAAACCGAGAUGUACUGUUUCUAGACGUGGUGGAAUUAAUGCAAUCGAGCACGAAUUCUCUGAUUCGCAAAUUGUAUCCACAAGAGACUCAAAUACAAAGAACAAAAACGCUUAAGUCCAGACCAACUACCGCUGGUAAUAAAAUACGAAGUCAAGCCAGUCAGCUAGUCGGUCAGCUGAUGAGAUGCACACCGCAUUAUAUUAGAUGCAUCAAACCGAAUGAAACAAAGAAGCCUAGAGAUUGGGAUGCGGUUAGAGUAAAACAUCAGGUGGAAUAUUUGGGUUUGAAAGAAAAUAUCAGAGUACGUAGAGCCGGUUUUGCAUACAGAAGACCAUUUUCCAAAUUUUUGCAUAGAUACGCAAUUUUGACAAAGCAGACAUGGCCACGCUGGUCCGGAGACGACAAACAGGGGGUGGAAUGGAUAUUAGGUAGUCUUCACAUUGAUCGAUCGCAAUAUCAACUGGGAAAAACGAAAUUAUUUAUAAAGCUUCCUGAAUGUCUAUUUAUGCUGGAGGAGGCAAGAGAUCGAAAGUACAAUAUGUACGCUAGAGUAAUUCAAAAAGCGUUUAAAAAGUAUUUCGCUCGAAAGAGACAGGCCCAACAGAAACAAGAAGCGGCCGAUUUACUUUUCGGCCAUAAAGAACGAAGACGGGCCAGUUUGAAUAGAAACUUUAUGGGCGAUUAUAUUGGUUUAGAAGGCAAAUCGGAAUUAAUGAAUUUAAUCGGAAGAAGGGAAAAAAUCUGCUUCGCGGAAGUGGUAAAAAAAUACGACAGAAGAUUCAAGAUGAGCAGAAGGGAUCUUAUUCUUACGAACAAAUGUCUGUACCUAAUCGGUCGAGAAAAAAUCAAAAAAGGCCCCGAAAAAGGAAAAUUGGUGGCGGUCAUAAAACGAAAACUUGUAUUCAAUCAAAUUAGUCACGUGUCGUUAAGUACUCUCCAGGAUGAUUUCCUCAUUGUACAUACGAAAGAAGAUUACGCCAGUUUGUUAGAGUUGAUAUUUAAAACAGAAUUUUUAAUUGCUCUUAGUAAAAGAUACGUAGAAGAAACUGGCCACGUUUUGAACCGAAAAUUUAGUAACAAUUUAGAAUUUAAAGUGAAGAAAGAAGGUUGGGGAGGUGGAGGAACGAGGCAAGUGAUAUUUACGCAGAUGGAUUACGGCGAUAAAGAGAUUUUAAAACCGAAUGGAAAAAUCUUAAAUGUUUGGAUCGGACCUGGAUUACCGUCUACUACAAAGCCAAAUAUCAACAAGUCAGCAAUGGCGCCUACGAGUCGACAGCACGGUAUGUCAAAAUAUAUUCAACCGUUUUCGCAGUCCGCUCCACAAGCAUCCGCAAACAGACCAACGCGUCCGGCUCAAAGAACUGUAAACACAGAACAAAUUCAGAAUUUUCCAAAGACCGUUAAUAACGAUCACACUGUACCUUCAAAGCCAAUUGUACCAACCGAAAGGCCUACUUUGCAAAUACCUAAAGCUUCGAGGCCAACGCCGCUGAAUCGUUUGCUCUUGCCAUCUAGUACAGAGGCAAAACCAAAAAACCAACCGGUGAAACAACCGAAUAAAUUAGAGAAUAACAUACCACUUAUGGGUAUGUUUACCAAUCCCAAAGGAACAGCGCGAGGUUUCUUGAAGUUUCCCCCGCCGCCGUCAGAACCACCGCCACCGAAUACGCCAACUAUGACGUCGGGAUACAAUCUCCUCGCAAUCAGUACUAACAACAAAAGUACAGGGUGCAACAAGGAAAUGCAAACAGUGAAGGAGUGGAAUACCAAAUCAGUAUUAGAGAAACCGCAACGAACGAACGCUCCUCGCGCUACCCCGAAACCGAAACAUUCGGAAAAACCUGUUGUUCCUAGUUUACCCAAAGCGAAAGCUUUGUACGACUACAAUGCGCAGGAUCUUGACGAAUUGGAGCUCAAGGAAGGCGACAUUCUUGAAAUACUCAAAGAACACGAAGGCGGCUGGUGGCACGGAAGAUUGAAAGGAAAGACGGGACUCUUUCCAUCGAAUUAUAUUGAAAAGCUAUGA